UAGAUUGCAAAAAGUCAGAGAACACGUUUUUUAAUUUGAUUUCCCACUGUGGAAUUUUAUUCUGUGCAUAUUGAAGCUAAUGUGUCUCUGACAGUGUAGAGUUGAAUGUAUCAUAUAGUUCUGUGUUUAAUUUGGUUUCAUCUUUUAUAGGUAAUGCAAAAGGACCAUGUGUGUACUAUCAGGAUGGCGGGGAUCCUGUCUUUACGACCAGAAGCAAGUCUCGGCUGCAUAAAUCUGCGUCCACACCAUGAAGCGUUUCACAGUAGAACUCCUAGAAAGCAGGGUGAUGUGCUCACAUGCGUUACAUAUUCUAUUUUUAGUCACAUUUAUGAUCAGCCAUAUUCAUAGAAAUAUCCCAAGAGGUAGAUUUAUUAUGCAGAACUGAAGAUAAUCUUCAUUUUCAGGCACAAAUGAGCAUUCGGAUCAAUUUUUGUAUUAGCCCAAGAUACUAGCAACAGAAGCAGCCAGAAUAGUUAUGAUCAAUCAUGGAGAAUAACCAAGAAACUUGUCCCAAAGGGGAUAGUGAUUUUGUUUCUGAUAAAAUAAAGUUUAAAACAGAUGAGGAAGAAGAUGAUCGAGUUCCUAGUCACAGUUUGGAAAGAAUUGACUUUAAAAGUGAGCAAGAGGACAUGAAGCAGAUAGACAGUGGUGAUGAACGUGCAGAAGUCCGAGAAGCAAGCUAUCGCUGUAAGCCCCCUGGGAAGUACCUAGCUGCGGAGAGCGAGGACGAUUAUGGGUCCCUGUUCUCUCGAUACAGUAGCACCCUGUAUGACGUAGCAAUGGAGGCUGUGACGCAGAGCCUGCUCUCCAGCCGGAACAUAAGCUCCAGGAAGAAAUCUCCAGCUUGGAAACACUUUUUUAUCUCUCCUCGGGAUAGUACUAAAGCAAUAUGUAUGUACUGUAUGAAAGAGUUCAGUAGAGGGAAAAACGAAAAGGACUUAAGCACCAGUUGUCUCAUGAGACAUGUGAGGCGUGCACACCCAGCUGUGCUCCUCCAGGAGAAUGGGAGCGUGUCGGCCGUGUCUUCCUUCCCUUCGCCUUCACUCCUGCUUCCGCCACAGUCUGCAGAUGUGGGAGACCUCAGCACCAUACUCUCACCCGUUAGACUCGUCCAAAAAAUGGCAUCUAAGAUCCCAUCCCCCGACCGAAUAACGGAAGAAUCUGUUUCUGUAGUUUCUUCGGAAGACGUCUCCUCUGACAUGUCCAUCUCUGAGAAAUACAGCAGGGAUGAAGCCCUAGUGGGAUCAUCUCCGCACCUCUCUGCUCUCCAUUAUGAUGAAACUGCAGAAAACGUGGUGGAGAAAAACCUCCCCCUUCCAAAGAGCACCUCCGGGUCCAGAAGAAGAUCCGCUGUCUGGAAGCACUUCUACCUGUCGCCGUUGGACAGCUCCAAAGCCGUGUGCAUCCACUGCAUGAACGAGUUUAGCAGAGGGAAGAACGGGAAGGACCUGGGCACGAGCUGCCUCAUCAGGCACAUGUGGCGAGCACACCGCUCCAUCGUGCUGCAGGAGAACGGGGCGGGCACAGGCAUCCCCCCGCUGUACUCCACGCCUCCGACCCUGCUGCCCGUGGAGGGGGGUCUCAGCUCUGUUCCGUCGUCCCCAGGAAAACUGAUCCAAGAGUCCCCUUCGGCUUCCUCCUCCCCUGAUAGGCUGACUGAGGACCUGCAGUCACACUUGAAUGCUGGAGAUGCACUACUGGAAGAGGUGUCCGUGUUCUCCUCCUCCGAGGAUGUUGGGGAGGCCUCUCUGGUGUCCUCUCCCGAGAAGCAGCAGGGCGAAGGCACGAGUCCUCGGGUGUUCGAAUCUGGUGCUGUUUUUCAGCAGAAUAAAAAGGUCAUGAAAAGAUUGAAGUCAGAAGUGUGGCAUCACUUUUCAUUGGCCCCGAUGGACAGUCUCAAGGCAGUGUGCCGAUACUGCAGCUGUGUCAUUAGUCGAGGGAGGAAGGGCGAUGUGGGCACAAGCUGUUUGAUGAGACAUCUUUACAGGCGCCAUCCAGAAGUUGUUGGGAACCAGAAGGGCUUUCUAGGUGCAAGUUUGGCAAAUUCCCCAUAUGCCACUUUGGCUUCUGCAGAAAGUUCCUCUUCUAAAUUAACUGAUUUGCCAACAAUGGUCACAAAAAAUAAUCAAGUUGUCUUUCCUGUGAAUAGCAAAAAGACCUCAAAGCUGUGGAAUCAUUUUUCCAUUUGCUCUGCAGACUCCACUAAAGUCGUGUGCUUGCACUGUGGCCGCACGAUCAGCAGGGGCAAGAAGCCCACCAACCUGGGCACCAGCUGCCUCCUCAGACACUUGCAGAGGUUCCACGGCAGCGUGCUCCAGGCAGAGGUCUCAGAGACAGUGCCGCCCUCUUCCCCAGACGUCCAUGCGCCACUGAGCUCACACGUAUCGGGAGCUUCCUCCUUCAGUGACACCAGUGAGAAGCUUUACGAUUCUCACCCAGUUGCCAAAAAAAUCACAAGUCUCAUAGCGGAAAUGAUUGCACUUGACCUCCAGCCAUAUUCCUUUGUAGACAACGUCGGCUUUAACAGGCUGCUUGAAUACUUGAAACCUCAGUACUCUCUACCCUCCCCUUCUUACUUCUCCAGGACAGCUAUCCCAGGUAUGUAUGAUAAUGUGAAACAGAUCAUUAUGUCCCAUCUUAAGGAAGCUGAGAGUGGCGUGAUCCACUUCACAUCUGGAGUGUGGAUGAGUAACCAGACCCGUGAGUACCUGACCCUUACAGCCCACUGGGUCACCUUUGAGUCAUCGGUCCGACCACGUAGUGAGGACCACCAUUGUUCAGCACUUUUAGAUGUGUCGCAGAUUGACUGUGACUACAGUGGCAACAGCAUUCAGAAGCAGCUGGAAUGCUGGUGGGAAGCCUGGGUGACCUCCAUUGGCCUGCAGAUUGGUAUUACGGUCACUGACAAUCCCAGUGUAGGAAAGACACUGAAUGACGGGGAGCACUCGAGUGUGCAGUGCUUCCGGCACACGGUCAACCUGGUUGUGAACGAGGCCAUUAAGAGCCAGAGGAUGGUGCAGAAUCUACUUAGUAUCGCACGGAAGAUAUGUGAACGGGUGCAUCGAUCACCCAAAGCAAAAGAGAAACUAGCAGAGCUGCAGAAGGAAUAUGAAUUGCCACAGCACCAUCUUAUUCAAGAUGUUCCAUCCAAAUGGAAUACAUCAUUUCACAUGCUUGAACGACUCAUUGAACAAAAAAGGGCAGUUAACGAGCUGUCGAUCGAGUGUAACUUCAGAGAGCUGAUCAGCUGUGACCAGUGGGAGGUGAUGCAGUCCGUGUGUCAUGCACUGAAGCCCUUCGAUGCUGCGAAUCGAGAGAUGGGCACUCAUGUGUCCACCUUAAGCCAGGUCAUCCCAAUGAUCCACAUCCUCAACAGGAAAGUCGAGAUGCUGUUUGAGGAGACGAUGGGCAUCGACACCAUGCUGAAGUCUUUGAAGGAAGCCAUGGUGAGUCGAUUGUCUGCUACCCUCCAUGACCCAAGGUACAUCUUUGCUACACUGUUGGACCCUCGUUACAAAGCCUCCCUGUUUACAGAGGAGGAGGCAGAACAGUACAAACAAGACUUAAUCAGGGAACUAGAAAUACUGAAUUCUACCUCAGAUGACACCCCUGCCUCCGACGGGGGUGGUGCAGGUUCCCCGUCGAAAGACUCUGCUGGAGAGGAGAACCUGUGGUCACUCGUGGCCAGGAUGAAGAAGAAGGAUCUGAGAGGAAAGUUACCUGAGGACAUGGUGCUGGCAUACUUGGAGGAGGAGGUGCUUGAGCACAGCUGUGACCCGCUCACCUACUGGAACCUAAAGAGGUCAUCCUGGCCAGGGCUGUCCACCUUAGCCGUCCGGUUUUUGGGCUGUCCUCCAAGUAUCGUCCCUUCAGAACAGCUGUUCAACACACCCACUGAGAAUGGUAGCUUUGGCCAGUCCAGGCUCAUGAUGGAACAUUUUGAAAAACUUAUCUUUUUGAAAGUGAAUCUUCCCCUGAUAUACUUUCAGUAUUGAAGCUCAGAAUGGCGCCACCAGACGAGAGAGCCUGCUCGUGCUGAGGCAUCAGCCGUCUGUGCUGGGCGGCGACUCGCUCCCACUGGGCCGUGUACAACGUCAGGUCAGGCGCUCUCAGGUCCACCUCCAGCUCUCCGUAAUGUCUACACGUGCCUUAUCCCUGCUCCUUCAGGCCAGGUCUCGCGGUGUGUUUUCUAAGUCCACUAGAAACUGCCUGUCCGUCAAUUAUGAAAUAUGAUGACUGGGUUUUAAUUCAUAACUGUAAAGUUUUUUUAAAAGUUUGGGGUUAGUAAUUUGUUUUACUAGAAUGGCAGAGAAGAUGUAAACAGUUUUAUUCUGUAGGCUUUUUAUUCAAUUAUGUAAAAACCACAAAUCAGGUACUGUAUUUUAGUUACACGUUGCUUUAAUUGCAGCAAAACAGCUUUUGUGGCUGUCAAAUGAAAUCUGUAAAUACAAGGUGGAGGUCAAGCCAUCCUGACUGAGCAGUUUUUAACUGCAGGCUCUAAACUGUGUUGAGGAGUAAAGAAAACAUUCUGAAAGGUGACUGCCACGCCAGAGACGUGGUUUGUAAGAAAACUGAACUUACAACUUGUAUUGUGGAGGGUCAGUUCUGUGGCUGGCUGGUCUCAAGAACUUUCCCUUUUCAGGUUUUUGUAUCCAGGUUUUACAGUUAACUCAGAGAUAUCCCAACUGUUUAUCAUAAGCUCCUUGGAAAUGUUA